UGUCGGCGCGCGCCCGCUUUGCGCCCCGCUUUGCGCAGCGCUUCCCCAUCUCGGCUGUGCCCGGUGGAGACCGGAGCCGGUCCCCGAGGGUAGAAAAAGUUAAAACCUUUGAGCCUGUAGCCGUGUUCCGGGAGGGGACUUCGGUACUGGCAGCGGGCGGGGUCAGAAAGUAAACGGGAACCCCCGGGGGCAGCGGGGACACGGCCCGGUAUAUAUGUGUGUGUAUGGGGAAGGGGGGGGUUAGGGUUGGGGUGCACGGCCCUGGGCACUCCCCCCGUCCCUCUCGGCUUUCCGAUCGUUUCGAUUUCGUUUCCCGGAAGGAUCGCGCCAGAGCCGCGUUGGUGCAGCGCCGAGCGGCGGGGGGCGGCGGGGAUGCAGGGUGAAGUGACGCUCGGCUCUUCCAGCCCAGUGGCUGCAGCUUUGCUCCCAGCCUGGGGCAGACACACACACAACGAUGAGGGGCAUGGCCUGGCACUGCCUGGCAGGCUGAGUGAGUGGGGUGGGUUUUUGGUCUCCAUAGAGGGGAAGGGUGGUGAUGGAGACCACUGUACCUCUACAUUGGGUUUGGGGGUGCAGACUGAGCUGUUUCAGGGGCUGUCACCACUUUCAGGGAUCCAGCCCUCGUUGUGGAGUAAGGACGAUGUCAUCCACUGGCUCAGGUGGGCAGAGAGGGAAUAUUCCCUUCAGCAAACGGAUGAAAGCAAGUUUGAAAUGAAUGGCAAAGCCCUGUGCAUCCUCACCAAGGACGACUUCAGGUUCCGUGCUCCUGGCUCAGGUGAUGUGUUGUAUGAAUUACUCCAGUACAUUAAGACUCAAAGAAGAGCUCUGAUGUACAGCCCUUUGCUGAAUUCACCCUUCCGAGAGGCCAAGGGCACAGGGGAAGGGAUGGACGGUGGUGCAGAGGCUGCUCUGGAUGCUCCCUCACCCUGCCUGGAGCACACUGAGCUGUCCCCAUCCCACAGCCUCCAUCAGCCCUUGAACCUCUCCCAUCCCAGCACUGAGGGCAGCUGCAGGGCAGAAUCCAUCUGCUCUUUUCCUACAUCCCCGUUAGCACCAGUGGAUGGGAAAAUCGCAGACUGCAGGCUGCUGUGGGAUUACAUCUACCAGCUCCUCUCCGACAGCCGCUACGAGCCCUACAUCAAGUGGGAAGACAAGGAGGCCAAGCUCUUUCGCAUCGUUAACCCCCAUGGACUCGCCCAUCUCUGGGGGAACCACAAGAACCGUAUGAACAUGACCUAUGAGAAGAUGUCCCGAGCGCUCAGACAUUACUACAAGCUUAACAUCAUCAAAAGGGAACCGGGGCAGAAGCUGCUGUUCAGAUUUCUGAAGACACCCGAGGAGAUCAUCCAGGAGAAAUCCAGCAGGCUGGAGCAGCUGGAGAACGAGGAGCACGAGGAGCUCAAGGAAGAGCUGCUGGAAGUAGUGCAGGACACCACGGAAGGCUGUGUGUGCAGUGCUGUGCAGGGGGACUUGUGCUCUGCUGGGAAGUGCCAGCACCUCCUGCUCCCUGCACAGAAAGCAGCAGAGGGGGUCCUGGAUUCCAAAAGUUGCCUUGAGCCAAAGCUGUGAUGCCUCGAAGUUGUUGGUAAAGGCUGCUUGGUUGUUACAGUGAGAUGAGCACACAUACAGGGUCACGAGUGCACUGAUGUUGCCUUGACCUGAGGUAGGACUCACCCUGCAGAUGUGCUGUGCGCUGUGAUCUGUCUCCUGUGGAGCUGUGAUUAAGGGUGGGGAUGUGCUGAAGAGAUGGUCUGAAUCCUGGCUGGAGCUUCAGGCUGUGCAGAUGUGUCCUACUGGGUCUUGUUUUAACUCCUUGUGUAACCAUAUGGCUAAAGGAUGUGACACGAAACAGGUCAGCAGUGAAUGUGAUCUCUGUGGGGUAAAGGAGAGCUGCCUCACAGCCUUGGUGAGGUGCUGGCAGGGAGGGAUGCCAACAAUUUCUGCUAGGAGCAAAAGCUGGAGGUCACCCAGCACCAGCCAAGCUGUUCAGGGCUGCUCCCAUCCUGGCUGUGUGCCUCUCCUGGGAUACACACUCAUGGGUGCCUUUAUCCUGAUUGCUCUCCCAUCCACUUUCUUGCCAUGGAAGCAGCCCUUGGUGACUCCUGAGCAACCCAUGGCUCCCCAGGCUGGCACAGCUGGCUUUGUUGGAGCUGGUGGUGAACCCAGCACACACAGGGGUGUGUGGCUGCCUUUCACCUGUUCCUCCAACGAUGACUAAGGAUCCCGUUGGACUUGGACGGGGAUUUCCUCCUGAGCUUGGGAAGCUGCCAGAUGCACUCAGCCCUCUUUGAGCUGCGCUGUGCUCUGGAGCGAUCUCGGAAAUCAAAAAAGCAAAGGGCACUUUUGCAAGGAUGGGCUGUGCGAUGACAAAUCCUUCCCAGCUUCCAGGAUGAGCUCGUGUCUGUCUGUCCCACGGCAAUGCGGCCAUUGCUCUUCCCACAGUGUGUGCAGGUGAGACGGCCAUAAAUACGCUGCUUUCCUGGAAAACAACCCAUCCCUUUCAGUAAACAGCCCAGCAAAUGCCACCUGCACUGGGGAACUCAAUGUGUGCGCAUGGGAAGAGGGAGUGAACGGUGCUGGGGAUUUCUGCUGUGGCUGUGCUCCAUGUGGUAGCAUGUGGGUAGGGGUCACACGCUUCCCCCAUGUGCCAGUGCCCACCAGCACCUUGGAGCAGAGGUUUCAUUAAGCCAUGCAGGUGCCGUGAGUUGGCUGUGCUUUCUUUUCAGCCUGUGUUGGGCUGCCUCCAUCCUCCGUGUCUUGGUUCAGAUCUGAACUGCAGAUCUUUUUGUGUCCAGGGCUCAGAAGGAUGGUUGUGGUUGGUGUCCUUACAAUUAAAACACAGCAUCUGCUUGGGUCAGUCAAAUAGAACCACAGAAUCGUUAAGGUUGAAAAAGAUCAUUUAGUCCAAGCAUUGACCCAUUCCCACCGUGCACAUUGACCACAUCCCUCAGUGCCACAUCUCCAUGUUCUGGAACACCCCCAGGGUCAGUUACUCCCCCACCUCCGUGGGCAAACCACAGAAUGGAGUCAUAUAAUACAACCAUAGAACAGACCCACAAGGAUCAUUGUGUCCAACCCUUGGCUUCACACCGGGCCACCCAAAAUCAAACCCUGUGCACCAGAGGAGGUUCACAAUGGGCACAAUCCCUUACUCUAGGGAUGGAGCAGGCAUCCAUAGAGGUGGCUGACGCCCUAUGCUUGUCAUUGUUCAAGAGGCAUUGGACAACAGCCUUGAUCAUGUGCUUUAUAUUUGGUUAUCCCUACAUAAACUGCCUUGGGCAGCCCAUCUUCAGGCUACAUCCAGAAAUGCAGCAACAAAGAGAGAAAGCCUGAAAGAGGCCCUAAAUCAAUGCUGGUCAAUGCUGAUCCCCAUGCAGCCAUGAGAGCUCCUCCACCAAUAGGGAUUGUUGACAGACUCAUCCUGGAUGACCUCCAAACAAGAGGUGAUCAAACUGUGCUCCAUUCCCAGAGUGAUGUGGCUGUUUGUUAGCUGGAUGUUGCAGGGAAAAAGCAGACUAAGUUGAUUGUGAAAGUUCUUAUCACUUAUUGUGGUCACGUGCUGCUUGGUGCCAUAGGGCUCCUGCUGGAUGGGUUGUUUAUCUGCAGCAGGUGGGGAUCUUGAAAAACAGAACUGGGUAUUUCCUAAUCAAUACCAGACUGACGCAGCAGCGUUCAGAAGAGGUAGAGGGAAAUGGGCUGUUUCUCUUCAAGCAGUAGGAAAUUACAGCCCAGAGAAACUGUAGAAAGAAAUUGAAAGGAAAUAAUUGUGGACACAUCGAAUUGUGAGCUGGACCAGUUAUCAAGAAAAGACUAUUUCUAUCCAGGAUGGUUCAGGGCAGCACGUCAUCCGUGCUGAAAGCUGGAGAAAACAAAGCAUUGCUCACGUGGAAACCCCACAGGGCUUUCCAAAAUCACUGUGCCAUCCAUUGCACAGAUCACCACCCAGCAGAUGCAUCCAUGUCCAGUUCUGUGCAAGGUGCAGUGCGAAAUAUUGCCAUCAGAUGGCAAAGUAGCAAUGGGGAUGGCAGGCAGCAGCCUGCAGGAGGAGGCAAUGGACACAGGUGGACAUGGUGUGAGCGAGGCAGGGGGGUUGGAACCAGGGGAUCUUUCUGGUCCCUUCCAACCCAAACCAUUUUAUGGUUCUGUGAUUCUGUGAAGGUCCCAAUUCAUGUCUGAGGGUGGGCAAGCAGGCUGCCUAAAGAGCUCCAGGGGGUGGUUUCAAGGAUGUUGGAUGCCAUUAUGUGCCCCCCACGUCCUGAGUGUUGCUGGGGUGGCAGUGGGGAGAUGCUGUCACUGCUCUGAGGCUCCAUUUCCCUGAGAUACUUUGGUUGCUUCUUACAGAAGCAGCAUAGCAAAGCCUCCACGGGUCAUCAACCCAUAAGAGAUAAAAAAAAAAUAAACAAAACCCACCAAACGGCGGGCUCAGAUAGCUGGUUCCAAAGUGCACCAGGUGACACGGAUGCUUUGAGCUGUUUUGCUGCCAGUUAUCACAAGGAAAUGGCUCUCCUUUCUACUGAAACUCACGCACAGCGGUUCCCAUGCGGAAGUGCCGUCCUGAGAGCUAAAAAUAGGGCUGAGUCAGCGGCCCCAAAGGGUAUAAAGCAGGCGGGUAUAAAGCUGGAGGGGCCGUGGCUCCCCUUGCUCAGUGCUGAGGAGUUGGCUUCGACACACGUCCCGAAGAGCAGCGAUCCCAAUGGAGAGGUAAAUAGCAAAGGAGCAAACCAAGAAGGAUGCGCCCAAUGGGAGUCAGCUGGGGGAUGGGGUUGCUUUGCUGUGAUUACAGUUAUGAAUGGUGCUCACACGGGUGGUUGGGUGGAUUUCAGGUUGGCUUGCAUGGGUGAAAGUUGUCUUUUUGAUCCAGAAAACGGCCAAGAUGUGUUGGGUAGAUGUGUGUUCUGUGUGCCCAUCCCUGCAAGCAGCUCCGGGCUCUGCGUGGCUCAGCCCAUAGGUUUUGCUGUUGGCUUCCUGCACUCUGCUCAGCAGUGGAAGCAGACUGGUUUGGGUCUGGCUCUCUGGAAGGUGCACAGCUGUGGCUGGUUUGGUGGUUUUUUUUUGCUGUGGUUGGCUUUUUUUAGCAGCUUCAAGGGGAGAUGCUUGAAGAUUUGGGGCUAGGGGCUGUGUAAUUGUUCCUUUUGUGUAGUGAUGGGAAGACACAGCAAGGCAAUAUGCCUGUUACACCUGUGCAAACCUGGCAGCCCCUUUGGCACCGGGUGAGUUCAUCCUCUCUGCACAGUUUCACUUCUUCCAUUAGCACUGUCUUCACCCCAUCAUAAAACCCCAAGCGUGCAGCCUACAUCCAUAAAAGAAGUUGAUCAUUGACCAAGGACAGAUACGCCCUUGGACACCUCAAACACCCUCAGCUUACAGUCAAAACUGUCAGUUUCCAUCAUAGCCAACCCACCCACACUCUGUCUUCAGGAAA